AUGCGUGAAAUGCAAAAUGAGAUGAGGACUUUGAGGCAGGCUGCUCGUGCGGGUGCAGCACAACCUAAUCCUACUACCUCUACUCAGGAAGUUGCUGCCCCAGUUGGCCCUGAGAGUGGUGUCUCGCUGAGAGAGUGGGUUGGCAUGAAGCUGGAUAGUUUUGAUGGCAGUGGUACUCCCAUUCAGGCUGCUGAUUGGUUGUCAUAUGUGGAGGAUAAAAUGGAAGCUUUUGAGGUGUCAGCUCAUGAUCGUGUUCGUUAUGGGGCACAAUUACUAAAGGGUGAGGCACAGAUUUGGUGGAAGGGUGUGCAGUCAGCUCGCACGGUUGCGCAUGGUUCUUUAACUUGGCCUGAGUUUGUUAGGCAGUUUGAGAGGAAGUUUUACCUGGUGACCUUCCUGGACAAGAUGAAAAUUGAGCUAAAUAAGUAUGUGCAAGAAAGGAAGAUAGUGGCUGAGUAUGAGGUGGGGUUCAACCAGAUUGUUCGCUUUGUUCCACAUGUGGCCCAUGAUGAUGUAGAGAAAGCAAGGCAAUUUCGUCAAGGCCUUAAGCCUUCAAUAUGUGUUGGGUGCCUUUGA